AACAUUUUGUUAAAAGGAACCCCAGGAACUGGGAAAAGUACGUUAGGCCUUGAAUUAUCUGAAAGGUUGAAAUUUGACUACAUCUGUGUUGGUGACAUUGCCAAGAAAGAAGAGCUUUAUAAUGGAUAUGAUGAGGAAUAUCAAUGUCCUUUUUUAGACGAAGAUAAGGUUGUUGAUGAAUUAGAAGAGAGGUUAUCGCGAGGAAAGUGUAUAGUUGAUUACCAUAGCUGCGAGUUUUUCCCUGAACGCUGGUUUGACAUCGUCUUUGUUCUAAGGACCGACACUAAUAUUUUAUAUGAUCGUCUGGAAAAAAGAGGAUACUCGGAGAAAAAGCUGCAGGAUAACGUACAGUGUGAAAUUUUUCAAACCAUUCUUGAAGAGGCAAGAAGUUCCUACAGAGAGGAAAUUGUGCAUGAACUCAAAAGUAAUGUUCCUAGUGAUAUGGAAAGCAAUAUUGAGAGGAUUGUUGAGUGGACAAAACUUUAUAGAACAAACAACGGACUGUCCUAA